CCCGAAGGUGGAAGAUCAAGACCUUUGAGGCUGCAGGGCAAGGUUGAUGGGUGUUUUAUUUUUAUUUUUUUCCUCCUGGAAAAAGUUAUUUGUACAUGUCUCCUCGUUACAUGUGCUGAAUAUUCUCUUUAGAAUAUACUUUGGGGUGGGUUUCCUGGUAUAUAGGGAUCGCAUACUAGGGAAUUCCUACGGAGAACCUUCCUUUCUCCAAAACUGAUGGCUCCUAUCGCUUGUGCGGAGCGCCUCCUGUGUAGCCACUGGGAGACUCAAAGCACCUGCCCAGGUCGCGGAGUGCAGGUAGGACGCGGGUGGGAAGCGCACAGUAAGGCUUCAGGCGGCAGCUGGGGCGCCCAGGCCUCCCCGCGGCCUCCGCCAGGGGGCGCUACCCCCUCGGGCACCCACCGGCCCGGCAGGCGUUGGGGCCGGGCGCUCGGAGCUCGAACUUCAGGCCUCCAGGCCGCACUGCGGGGGAGGCUACCGGCCGGCGGCGGCGGGAGGGGGCGCUGCGGCCCGGCGGGCGGGCGGGCGCGGAGGAAGUGCCGCCUUCGCCGCCGCCGGAGCCGCGCGGGCCGCGAUGUCGGGGUCCCGGAUGUCGGGGUCCCGGCCGGGGCGCGGCGAGCCGGGGGCCGGGGGCGCGCGGCGGGCGCGGGAGCCGCCGGAGCAGGAGCUGCGGCGCCGCCGGGAGCAGAGGCGGCGGCGCCACGACGCGCAGCAGCGGCAGCAGCUCCAGCACCUGGAGUCCUUGAAGAUGAGACGAAGCCGGAGGACUGUAUACCAGAUGUGCCAGGCAACGAGCACGCCAGGGAAUUCCUGGCUCACGCGCCAACCAGAGGGCUCUGGAUGCCCCUGGGCAAGGAGGUCAAAGUGAUGCAGUGUUGGCGCUGUAAACGGUACGGUCACCGAACGGGCGACAAAGAAUGCCCUUUCUUUAUCAAAGGCAACCAAAAGUUAGAGCAGUUCAGAGUAGCACAUGAAGAUCCCAUGUAUGACAUCAUCCGAGAGAAUAAAAGACAUGAGAAGGAUAUAAGAAGAAAAAUGAAACAUGCAGAAAUAUUUAGGAUAAUGGAAAGGAUACAGAACACUUUUACACAGCCCUGUAGAAUAGGCGUGGAUGUGGACAGGAAUGGGAAACAUGAAAAACUAAAAAUACUGUGCAGAAGGAGGAUACAGCAGUUAAAGCAGCUGCUGGAGGAUUCCACCUCAGAUGACGAUGGGAGCAGCUCCAGCUCCUCGGAAUGUAGGGAGAGGCACAGGAAGAGGAAGAAGAAAGAAAAGCAUAAGAAGAAGAAGAAAGAGAAGAAAAGGAAGAAGAAACGGAAGCAUAAGUCUUCCAAGUCAAGUGAGGGCUCGGACUCGGACUGACAGCCGCCCGGCCUGUCCGUGUUCUCGGCUCAGAAUCACACGCUGUGGCCGAGAACAGAGGGCUGGAGGCGGAGAGGGGGCGCCCAGGACCACAUCUGGUGUCACACACACAAGUGACCUCUCACCCACCUUCCCAGGAAGCUGUGACCCCCGAGAGAGACUCUUCCAGGUGCCCAGGCUGGACGGUGCUGACUUUGCAGGACAGGCCCUGCCAGUCCCCCUCCUGCCGGGCACUGUGGCCCGCGAUGCCCAGAAAGCCGGGGUGUCAGGACGACAGCCUCUGAGGACACUCCUCCGGGGGCUGCACCUCCACACGAGGCUGCUGAGUUCCCGCUUCAGGCUCCACUCUGGUCUGUUGUUGAAGAUAAUAAAAGCUCAUUAUUUAUUUUUCAAA